AUGAAGUUUAUUGCCUUAUUUUUCUUCUGCAUGCUGAUGAACAUGCUAACGAACAUGGUAACAGAUGCCCGGUCAAUCCAGGAUGGAGAUGAUCUCUACCAAGAACCUGUAGCCAUGCCAUACUGGCCUUUCUCCUCCUCCGACUUCUGGUCGUAUGUGGAGUAUUUCCGGACCCUGGGAGCCUACAACAGGAUCAAUGAAAUGGCCAGAACCUUCUUUGCUCAGUUCCCUUUCGGAAGUCGUCUUGGCUACGACGUCCCAAACCACGAGCGCUAACCGCGGC